UAGCUCUUCUCUGGGGUUAAUUCAGUGCAAAACACACAUACGAGAGAAGCCAAAUGGCAAGUGCAAAGAGUAGCAGGUUGGUUCUUUUAUGCAUUGUCUGUGUUUUUGUGCAAACAACAUUUGCGAGGAAGCUUCUACAAUUUCCAUCCGGAAACAUCCUCGGCUUUGGCGGAAUUGACCAAAUUAUCGGAAAUGUUGCCGGAGGCGGCGGAGGAGGCGGCGGCGGGGGAGGAGGAGGUUCAGAUGGUGGAAACGGUUGGGGAAUUGGAGGUGGAGGUGGCUUUUUUAGUGGACCAGGCAGUGCCGGCGGCGGUGGCGGAGGAGGAGGAGGUGUGAAUGGUGGAUCUGGUCGGGGGUUUGGAAUUGGCUGGGGUAGUGGAUCAGGUAGCAAUGGAGGUGGCGGUGGCGGUGGCGGAGGAGGCGGCGGCGGCGGUGAAGACGGCGGAAAUGGUUUUGGUGGUGGAGCUGGUCAAGGCUAUGGAGUGGGAGUGGUGGCGACCGUUGAUCCUACUAUUGAAGAUUGAAUAAGGCCUUUUUUUGGUGAUCGCCAUUUUCACCGGAAUUUGCUCAAAUAUAAGUUUAGAAUAAAUAAAUAAAUAAAUAAAUAAGAGGGAAAUUGUUGCAACCCAUAUUCUCUAAUGAACUUUUUUCACUGAAUAAUGUUAUAGGUAUUCCUGAUUUUGAGUUUUAGAUAUGUUUACACACGACUAUGAAAAGAAAAAUUAAGGGCAACUAGCAAUUUUGGUUCUAUAUUGCAUUAUACCAGCUUUAA